AUGUGGAUGAACCUGUCGAGCUGUUCAUCAAACUGCAGUUGGGAUGCUGAUGCUGACGCGAAUACUUCAUCACCACCCGUGGCCAUCUUCCCCGUCCCGGUCCUCAUCGGUGUAACGGUCAUCUGCGUGCUCUUCUUCCUCGCGGGAGUGGCGGGAAAUUUGACCACCAUCAUGGUGGUGUUCAAAUACAAAGAGAUGCGCACUACAACCAACCUGUACCUGUCCAGCAUGGCAUUCUCGGACCUGCUGAUCUUCCUGUGCCUGCCGUUGGACCUGUACCGGAUGUGGCGGUACCGGCCGUGGACGUUGGGGAACGUGCUCUGCAAACUUUUCCAGUUCGUCAGCGAGUGCUGCACCUACUCCACCAUCUUGAACAUGACAGCGCUGAGUGCAGAGCGAUAUUUCGCCAUCUGCUUCCCACUCAGGGCCAAAGUGGCAGUGACCAAGCGACGUGUACGUGGGCUCAUCCUCGCACUCUGGACUGUGGCCCUGUGCAGCGCCGGACCCGUGUUCGUGCUGGUGGGCGUCGAGCAUGAAAACGGCACUGACUGGCGUGAGACGAGCGAGUGCAAAGCCACAGAGUAUGGUGCACGCACAGGCCUGCUGAGCGCCAUGGUGUGGGUCUCCAGUGGGUUUUUCCUGCUGCCCGUGUUCUGCCUGACCGUGCUCUACGGACUGAUUGGCCGCAAACUCUGGAGGAGGAAGAGGAGGAGGAGGGACAGGAUGAAGAUCAGGGACAGCAGCAACAGGCAGACUAUCAAGAUGCUUGCUGUGAUGGUGUUUGCCUUCGUACUCUGCUGGCUCCCGUUCCAUGUGGGUCGUUACCUGUUCUCGGCGUCACCCGAGGCGUUCGCAUCCCCAUUGUGGUCUCUCAUCUCUCAGUACUGCAGUCUCGUCUCCUUCGUCCUUUUCUACCUCAGCGCUGCCAUUAACCCCAUCCUCUACAACGCCAUGUGUAAGAAGUACAGGAACGCCACACUGCGUCUCUUCAGCCACAGCUCACCAAGCUUCACCGAAUCCAGCAUCAGCUGCUGA